GAAGCGAUCCGACCCGAACUGGGUCGUAAAUAUCCGAACCGAUCCGAUCCGAUCCGGUCCAUUAAGCCAACUAUACAAAUCUACAAAGCUCUCACCGUUCGUCUUUUCAGGGAGUGGGAAGAAGGGAGGAGAAACGGAGAGGGAGAAGAAAAUCGAAAGGAAACCCUAGAUCUCGAGUCGAAGCGAAGAUGGUGCUGAUCUCUCUGACACGGGACUAUAUUGGGCGCAUGCUCCAGGAUAUCUCCGGCAUGAAGGUCCUCGUCCUCGAUUCCCACACGGUUAGCAUUGUGAGUGUUGUGUAUUCUCAGUCUAUGUUGCUUCAGAAGGAGGUGUAUUUGGUAGAACUAGUGGAUUCCAUGUCAAAAGAAUCAAUGAUGCACCUUAAAGCAGUUUACUUCCUUCGUCCUACUUUGGAAAAUAUUCAGCACUUACGGAGGCAGUUGACGAACCCGAGAUUUGGAGAAUAUCACCUUUUUUUCUCCAACAUCUUGAAGACUAACCAAAUUCAAGUUCUUGCUGAUUCGGAUGAGCAAGAAGUUGUCCAACAAGUUCAAGAAUUUUAUGCCGAUUUUGUCGCGAUUGAUCCUUAUCAUUUCACUUUGAAUAUGAACAUGAAUCACAUAUACAUGUUCCCAGCUGUCAUUGAUCCCCCAAGUUCACAAAACUUUUGUGAUCGAAUUGUUGAUGCAAUUGCGGCGGUUUUUUUGGCGUUGAAGCGUCGUCCUGUUGUUCGUUAUCAGCGCACCUCUGAUAUUGCAAAGAAGGUUGCUCAGGAAACUGCUAAGCUUAUGUAUGAGCAGGAGAGUGGUCUAUUUGAUUUUAGGCGUACAGAAAUAUCUCCACUAUUGCUAGUAAUUGAUAGAAGGGAUGACCCUGUGACACCGUUGCUGAACCAAUGGACAUAUCAAGCAAUGGUCCAUGAACUUAUUGGCAUUCAAGACAAUAAAGUAGAUUUGAGGAACAUUGGCAAAGUUCCUAAAGAUCAGCAGGAGGUAGUACUAUCAUCAGAGCAAGAUCUUUUCUUUAAAGCUAAUAUGUAUGAAAACUUUGGAGAUCUUGGGAUGAAUAUUAAAAGGAUGGUGGAUGAAUUCCAACAGGUUGCAAAGAGCAACCAGAAUAUUCAGACAAUAGAGGAUAUGGCCAAGUUUGUUGACAACUAUCCGGAGUACCGAAAGAUGCAAGGCAAUGUCUCAAAGCAUGUCGCAAUGGUUACAGAGAUGAGCCGGAUCGUUGAAGAGCAGAAGCUCAUGUCAGUUUCCCAAAUAGAGCAGGAGCUGGCAUGUAAUGGUGGCCAAGGGGCUGCUUUUGAGGCGGUCACGAGUCUUCUAAACAAUGAAGGUGUUUCAGAUGUCGACUGCCUUCGGCUUGUAAUGUUGUAUGCUUUGCGAUAUGAGAAGGAGAGUCCUGUUCAGCUAAUGCAGCUUUUUAACAAACUAGCUUCACGAUCUGCAAAGUAUAAGUCUGGUCUGGUCCAAUUCCUCCUUAAACAAGCAGGUGUUGACAAGAGAACUGGUGAUUUGUACGGUAAUCGUGACCUUCUGAAUAUUGCUCGCAAUAUGGCCCGUGGGUUAAAGGGUGUUGAGAAUGUUUACACCCAACACCAGCCGCUUCUCUUCCAAACCAUGGAAAACAUCACCAAGGGGCGACUCAGGGAUGUUGAUUACCCAUUUAUUGGCAAUCACUUUCAACAGGGCAGACCUCAGGACGUAGUCAUCUUCAUUAUAGGAGGGACAACCUAUGAGGAGGCACGGACUGUGGCUCUCCAUAAUGCAUCCAAUUCUGGAACGCGGUUUAUUCUUGGAGGAUCUUUCGUUCUUAAUUCCAAGAGGUUCCUGAAAGACCUAGAAGAGGCACAGAAGAUGAGCCGCUCAAACAGCGCUGUUUAAACUGAGGAUUAUUUACAUUUAAGGGGGGUUUCCUGUCUUGCCAAAUGACCCCUUUUGAGGUGUAUACUUAGUUGUAAAAUUCAUUUGAGUUAUAGCUUUUCUUUUUCCUUUACUUUUCUUUUCUUUUCUUUUCUUUUCUUUGCGUUCUCUAUUUCAUUCGACUGUAGCAUUGAAUGCACAUGCGCAUGUUUAGCAACACUUGAGAGAUUGAAGGAUGUAAAGGUUGUAGAA